CUAUUCUGAUAAAAAAUAACCAAAUCAUUUUGUUUUGUUUAAUGGAGAUCCUGACUUGAAUUUCAAACAAGCAAUCAACUCCGCCCUUUGCCGGUGGGGGCACCACCGCACCGGCACAGUGCCCAACGGCUGGCCCCCCACCUUCUCAAUGCCCAAUCACAAUCACAACCCAUCUGCUAAUCUAAAUUCUGAUAAAUAUAUUUAACUAAUAAAAUGUUCAUGCAUGUCAUAAAAAAUUAUAUUAUUAAAAACUAUGUUCAAAUACGAAUCCAACUAUAUAAUUUUUGUUGACAUGCAUUAAUAUUUUAUUAGUGAAACCUUUGGUCAAAAUUUGACACAAAUUAGAAAAAAGACCAAUAAACCAGGACGGAGUCAAAAUUACAUAGAAAAUAGCCAAAUCGUUUUAUUUUAUUUAAUAAAAAUUCUGACUUGAAUUUCAAACAAGCAAUCAACUCCGCCCUUUGCUGGUGGGGGCACCGCCGCACCGGCACAGAACCCAACGGCUGGCCCCUUUUUUCUCUUCACGCCCAAUCGCAAUCACAACCCAUCUCCUAAUCUAAAUCGCACUCAAAAUCUAACCCAAAUCCACGGCCCAACUCUGACGGUACGGCCAUGGACUCGUAGAAGUACUCACCAUCGGCGAAUGCAGCACCGCGACCCCGAUCCACUCCGGCGAGCUCCCGAGGCCACUGUCAUGGCCGCGAACAGCUACCACUCCCGCAGCAUGUCGUGGUUCGUCAAGUCCUGCAUCCCUGCCGACCCCGACCGCCACAUCUCCGUCCCCGUCCCAGUCCCCGCUCCUGUCGCUGCUUCAUCCACCACCAGCCUCUGCUUCCCCGCCCAACCACCACCGCCCAUCUCCGCGCUGCCCGACGACCUCAUCCUCGAGUGCCUUGUCCGCGUGCCCAGGGUCUCCCUCCCGCCGCUCCCCGCCGUCUGCCGCCGCUUCGCCGACCUCCUCGCGUCCCACGCCUUCCUCCAGCUCCGCCGCGCGCGCGGCCAGCUCCAGCCCUCCCUGCUCGCCGUCUCCGUCCCCGACCACGGCGGCGCCUUCGCCCAGGCCCUGCUCCAGUUCCGGCCGGAGCAGCAGCAGCUCCAGGUCACCGCGCUGCCGCUGCCGCUGGCUCUGCUGCAUUGCGGCCGCUCCGUGUUCGCGCACGCGCGCGCCGUCGCGCUGGGCCGCGACAUCUUCCUCGUCGGCCGCGGCGCGACGCUGCGGGUGGACGCGCUCACGGGCGCCGCGCGCGCGUGCGCGCCCACGCUGUUCCAGCGGAAGAAGUUCGCGGCGGCCGCCGUGGGAGGGCGGAUCUACGUCGCCGGCGGGUCCGCGCGGACCGCGGCGGUCGAGGAGUACGACCCGGUGGCGGACGCGUGGCGCGUGGUCUCCGAGGCUCCGCGGAGGAGGUACGGGUGCGCCGGGGCCGGGGCAGGAGGUGUGUUCUACGUGGCCGGCGGGGUCGCGGUGUCCGGCGACGGCGCGCGGGCGCUCGGGGCGCACGUGUGCGCCGGGUCGGUGGACGCGCUGCACGUCGCGUCCGGCAGUUGGGCGCGGCCGCGGGCGCUGCCCGGCGGCGGCUGCGUCGUGGGCGCCUGCGGCGUCGGCGACCAUCUCUACGUGGUGGCCAGCCACGCGGUGGAGCUCUCCUUCUGGAGGUGGCACGGCGGUGCAGGUCGAGGCAGCGAUCUCAGAGCUGGUGGCGGGUGGGUGGCGCUCGAGGCCCCGCCCAUGCCGAGGGGGUCGGUGGGGCUGGGCAUGGCGGUGCGCGUGACGAUGGCGGGCAUCGGGCGUGAGACAGUGACAGCCGUAAUGAGCGCGGCGGCAGUCCGGGGCCACAAUGCGGCGGGGGCCGGCCCGUUCGAAGGGAUGGUGCUGGCGUACGACAUCGCCGGCGGCAAGUGGAGCCGCGCGCCGGACCUGCCACCCGGGUUCCGGCGAGCCGCCUGUGCGGGCGUCGAGUGCUGACAGCGUGGGCCACUGACAUUUGUGCCUGUUCGGUGGGUUUCACAUGGUGUGCAAGUAAACACUGGGUUUGUUUGAUUUGAUUUGACUUGAUGCUACAUUUUCGUGUAUUGUUAUUGGGCGGAGGCUGGUUUAUUCGAGUACAGUUCUUCACUA